AUGUUGAUGUGGUCCCAUGGUCGUCGGGAGAGAGAGAAAGCUUCGGGUUUCGUCGGGAUGGGAUUGGUUCCGUUGCUUCUCGACAUUAUCGUCGAGGGCAAUAAGGGAAUUUGCGAGAAGGCGUUGGGGGUUUUGGAUGUCGUUUGCGACUCGGAGGAAGGGAAGGAAAGCGCGCGUUCGGAUGCAUUGACGGUCCCGUUGGUGGUGAAGAAGAUCCUCCGCGUGUCUGAGUUGGGUACGGAGUUUUCGGUUUCGAUACUUUGGAAGGUAGUGGUGGGAGGGAAUGAGGGUAGGGUCGUGGAGGCAUUGGAGCUCGGAGCUUUCCAGAAGCUUCUUGUGGUGUUGCAAGUUGGGUGUGGUGAAGGGACGAAGGAUAAAGUGACUGAGUUGUUGAAAUUGAUGAAUGCUUAUAGGGAUAAGUUGGAUUGCUUCGAUUCGUCCAUGGGAUUCAAGUUCAAGCAGAUUAAAAGACCCUAG